GCGCGGUGGCAGCGGCGCGGAGCGGGCGCGGUCCGCGGGGGCAGUUGGCCGGUCUGAGGGAAGGGCCGCUGCAGCCGGAGAAUGUCAUUAAGCACUCGUCGCUUCAGCGCUUCGUGCUGUGACUUCAUGCUGGCUUUGCAGGGACCGAGAAUGAAUGGGCGGGCAGUAAGAGCUGCUGGAGUGCUCACCUUAGGCGUAUUGAGACUGACACAUGGAUCAGCAGUGCAGUGGCAUGUCUUCCUUUCUUUAGAAACCAACAUCUUAUAAAGAGGCUUUGAAAACUCCUUAUUGCUUAUUUUAGAUCAUUCCUUUUACCAGGGUUCGUCUCCACACCAACUGUUUCUCGACUGACAUCAGAUGAAGUGAUUCACAUGCGUAAUGAGCUCUUCACCAAAGAGAAAGAGAGACAGUUGUCUCUUCAUCCACGAAUUGAGAAAAUCGAAGUAAAAUACACUGGGAAAUCGCACCCUGGCAGUGUGUUUGUAAUGAACAAAGCUUUGUCUACUCCAUACAAUUGUGCCAUGCACUUAAGUGAGUGGCAUUGCAAGAAAUCCGUUCUAGCUCUUGUGGAUGGGCAAGUCUGGGAUAUGUACAGACCCUUGACCAAAUCAUGUGAAAUUCAGUUCCUUACUUUCAAAGAUGACGAUCCAGAGGAAGUAAACAAGGCCUAUUGGCGUUCCUGUGCCAUGAUCAUGGCAUGUGUGUUAAAGCGGGCAUUCAAAGAUGAGUACUCAGUCAAUCUGAUUAAAGCUCCAGAAGUGCCAGUGAUCUCUGGAGCUUUCUGUUAUGAUGUAAUUUUGGACAAUAAGCUGAAUGACUGGAAACCAACAAACGACAACUUCCGUUCUCUUACAAGGGAUGCCAGAAAGCUAAUUGAUAAAGACCUGCCAUUUGAAACACUGCAUGUAGAAGUAAAAGUAGCACGUGAAAUGUUUCAGCAUAACAGAUACAAAAUGGAGAUGAUAGAACAAAAAGCAUCUCAGAAUAUGGAAGGAAUUGUAACGUUACAUAGGUUUGGUGACUUUGUAGAUGUUAGUGAAGGCCCUCAUAUUCCAAGGACAAGUUUCUGUUUUCAGUAUGAGAUAACGGCAGCCCAUAAUCUUCAGACUAACCAAUCUGAAUUGAUAAGGCGGUUCCAGGGUGUGUCCCUACCAAUCCAUUUGAAGGCUCACCACACCGUGUGGCACAAACUGCUGGAAAGAUCGAAGAGGCUGGUCACUGAAGAAAAAUAUUUGGAAGCAGCAGCAGAAUGUCAUGAACCAAAAGAUAGAACUGAAGAAGGAAAAACUGUAUCAAUUUAAAUUAACUGUAACCUCUAAAUGUACAUAAUAAAAU